AUGAUUUCUACUUCUUACAUUCUUCCUUUACUAACAUCAUCCUUUCUUACAGGUAUUGGUCUUUCAAUUGCUGAAAUAUUACUUAAUUCUAGUCCAGAUACUCGCUUAAUUGCUAUUGUAAGAAAUCUGAGCAGCUUGGAACCUUUAAUCAAAAGAUUUGGGCCUGGCAGAAUCGGUGUAUGUUUGGGUGACGUUACCGAAGCUGAAACAUCUCAAAACGCGGUAAAGUUAGCAAUUUCUUCUUUCGGACAAUUAGAUACCAUAAUUGCAAAUGCUGGAGUGUUGGAUCCAGUCGGUCCAAUUAGUGAGGCAGUCGUAGAAAAUUGGAAGAGUCUUUAUGAUGUAAAUUUCUUUUCCGUGGUUGAUCUUGUAGUUGCUGCACUUCCAGAAUUGAGAAAGGCUGCUUCUGGAAAAGUUAUCGCGGUUCUGUCUGGUGCUUCUACUAAAUCUUAUGACGGCUGGGCCGCCUAUGGAUCAUCUAAGGCAGCGUUAAAUCAUUUUAUCCAAUCUGUGGCAGAAGAAGAAGCUGAGCAUGGUGUCAAUGCUAUAUCUGUUGCACCAGGAGUAGUUAACACCUCCAUGCAGGAAGACAUCAGAGAGAAGUUCGGAUCAAAUAUGAAACCUGAAGCUUUGCAAAGAUUUCUUGACUUGCAUAAGAACGGUGAUUUGUUAGAACCAGAAGUACCAGCUAAAGUAUAUGCUGAUUUAGCAAUAAACGGAUGGAACUCUAAGAUUAAUGGAGGUUACUGGAGAUACAACGACGAGGUUCUCAACUAG